AUGGCCACGCCUUCGCAAAAAGUGACCACCGCCCUUGCCGACGUUCGCAUCGAGCGCGAGGGCUCAGAAUCCAACCCCACGAACAGCGCGCUCAUCGUGCACCUUGAAUUCACCGCGACGCACCCUCAGCAUGGCGUCGUAGGCACGCUCACGGCGUACAAAAUUUACCGCGCAGACGAGCUCAAGGGUUGCUUCCACGAGGCCCUCAGCACGAAGUCCGACAGACUGGCAGAGUUCGGGCGGACGAUCCUCGACAACGAUAUGAAUGUCUACUCCAAGAUCAUAGAACACGAGUACCACAGGGGCACGGGGUGUUGGGGGAAGGAAAUGGACGAGGGUGCCAUUGUCUACAUUGAAUCUGUCGUUGUGGAUCCGUCGUUCGAACAGCAAGGGAUCGGAACUGCCCUGGUCCGCGACCUGCUUUCCUCGCAGUCCCUCGAAAUUCCGGACAUCGUUUAUUGCUGGUCCUCUGCCCUGCGAGCAGAUUCACGCGAUGACCAUCGUCUCAUGGACCCGCCAGUGAUUGGCUUCUUUCGAAAGCUCGGCUUCCGCCGUGUGGGGCGCACCGCUCACUUUGCGUACUCCCCCAAGGCUUCGCACUCCUCUCGGUCUAUACCUGCCACGAAGGACCUGGACGUCGACCUGCUGAAGUUCUCGCAUCGAACCAAGGGAGUGUUCACUUCCAACUACGAACUAGAGUUGAACAAUCUCCUGCAUUUUGCCAUGGAUCCUCCUCCGAUCUCGUCGACAGAAGUCGCGGAACCAUUAGACUUGUCGGUCGAAGUUCUGGAAAACCUGUACAGCAAAUCUCCUGCAAUCAUCCAUGCGCAGGACGAGCGCGGCUUCACGCUGAUCUACGUUGCGGUUAUCAAAGGCUACUACGAUAUCGCCAAACGGCUGCUGACACUCGGCGACUGUCGUGCGGACAUCCUCAGCCGCGACAACGUCGAGGAUCAGAAUGCGAUCGAAGCGCUGGAGGAUAUCGUGCGGGCGGCGGAGCGAGGUCACAAGGACGAACCUUUGAAGCUGCUGUACAAGCUGAGGACGGCGACUGGGGAGAAGUUCAAGUGCUGUUGCGAGUUUUUGGUGCAGAGGCGUUAUGGCUGCACCUGUGGUCAGUGUUUGGAGGGAUGGCUGUCGCCGCGCAUGUCGAAUGCGCUUCGGGCUGUGGCAAGCCGUACUGCUAACAGGGGCAGGUCUGCGGCAGAGGUCGAUUUCCCGACGAAGAAGGCGGCCGAGAUCGCUAUGCUUCCUGGCGGCCAGUGUAUCCCGUACACCGUCCGCUCGAAGAUGAAUCACUCAGCAUACAAGGGCUUCCUCGGCUUCCACCGCGCCAUCUCCGACGUCAUCGCGAGCGGCGUGCAGCCUACCAUGGAUCUCAUCGGGCUCGAGCUGCUCAUGAACAACGACCCGAAUUGUCCGUGGAAGGUGCGGGACCUGGAGGCGUUCUUCAAGAGGGGCGGGAAGGUAGAGCACGCUGUCAACAAUCUCGUCCACUCGGCCGAGGAGUGGAUGGCGGAUGAGAAGGCGCUUGACAACAAGCAUCUUAGGCUGUUAUGGGCGAGGCUGCCGCGAUGCGAGAACGACGUGCAGUUCGAGAUGGUGGGGAGGUUGAUGGGGCUGUCAGAGAGGGCGAAGUGGGGCCCGUACGACGACGCCGAAGAGGUAGAGCGAGAUCAGAGCGGAGGUGGUCUGCGGCCUUGGACUGCUCUCGUCGACGGUGUCGGAUCUUUGAAGAGAAGGCUGACGAGAACUGCCACUGGGUGGCCCGAUGGCCCUCAGCUCAACCUCGCCGAUGUACGCAUCGAGUGCCGCGAGACAGAUCCUGCGAGCAAGCGAUUCGUCAAGCACAUUCGCCUCAAUGCGUCGCACCCACACCAAGGGAACCUGGGCACGCUUGAGGCGUACAAGAUCGAGCGCACGUAUACCCUCAAAGCUCAUUUCCACGAGUUUCUCGAUGCGAAGUCGGACGAGCUGGCGGAGUUCGGACGGAGGAUUCUUGACAACGACAUGAACGUCUACAGGAAGAUUGUGGAUGACGAGUACCAUAAGGGUAGUGGACGCUGGGGAGAUGAGCUCAACGAGGGGCGCAUCGUGUACGUGCGAUCGGUUGUUGUGAACCCUCCGUUCCAGCGCCAGGGCGUCGGACAACGCUUGGUCCGCGAGUUGCUUUCGCCGAAGAAUGUCGACAAGAGCACCAUCGUGUAUAGCUGGCCCUCACACAUCUGGGCUCAUUCGCGCGAGGAUAGCCGUCGCAUGGACCCGCCAAUCAUCGACUUCUUCCGAAAGGUGCUGAGUCCGCUCCUGUCCUUCGGAAGCCACCCUUCUCGCUCCCUGCCCGCCUCAGAAGACCAAGACGUCGAUAUGUUCAAGUACUCGCACAGGAAUGGCAUCCUGGCCGACGAUAUCGGUGCUCAGCUGAGGCAGGACUAUCCACUGCAGACGCUCAUGGACCCCCCGCGCACGAUGACCGGGGUUCUGAAUGGUAUGGAUGGACCGAGAGCUAUGCGACCUCUGCCACCUACCAAGGGGGAACUGGACGCCGCUAUCGAAGCUGCUUACGCCAGAGAUUCGCAGUCGAUUCACCUUCAGGACGAGCGCGGCUACACGCCCAUCUAUGUCGCCGUCAUCAAGGGCCAUGCGGCUGUUGUCGACAAGCUACUCUCUCUCGGCGACUGUCGCGCAGACAUCCUCAGUCGCGACAACAUUGAUGACCAGAACGCGAUUGAGGCGCAGGAGGAGAUUGUGCGCUCCGGCUCGCCCUUGUUUAAGCACAGAGCCUUGCAUCUGCUCUGGGUACUGCGCAGCGCGAUGGGCGAGGAUGUCGGCACGGUGUAUGACUUCUCAGAGAAGCGCCGCUACGGCUGCUCCUGCGGCCAAUGUCGUGGUGGCUGGCUGUCGCCGCGCAUGGCGUACCUGCUGCAUGGGGAAGCGCAAUGUACAUUCGACAACGCCAUGUUCACGGCGGAGACCAUUCCCUUCGAUAGGGCGUCAGACCUCGCCUUUCUAGACGGCAUCAACUGCAUUCCAUCCGAUGUUCGCGCCCGGCUGAACCUCACUGCCUACAAGGGCUUCCUCGGCGUCUACCGUGCAAUCUCCAUCGUCAUCGAGCGCGGCGGGCUGCCUACGCCGGACGUCAUCACCACAGAGGCGGUCACCAACCGCACCAACUGGUGGGCCGUGAGCGAUGUCGAAUCCUACCUCGCGAAGGGCGGCAAGGCGGAGUACGCCAUCAACGACCUCGUGUACUCAACGAAGGAGGGGAUGGCGGACGGGUCGCUGUUGGAAAUGUUGGAGGAGGACGAUAAUUUGGUUGCGCUGCCUCGGUGCGCGAACGACCUGAACUUCAGGCAGGUGGGGAGGAUGAUGGGACUGGCGGCGACACAGGAGUGGGGUCCGUACGAUGGUGCGGGAGAGGUGGGGCGUGGGCUCUUUGAGCCGUCAGCCGCCUCCAGGGGAUGUUUCUAUGCUGACAGUGACAGCUCUAUGGACGAGGACGAGGGCGAUUAUGGUGACGAGGGCGAGGAAGAUGAAGAUGAGGAUGAGGAUAGCAGCGACGAAGACUGA